AUAAUUCUCUUUUCAUUACCCUCCCUCUCUCUUUCUUGAAGUUGAAGAUACACAUUUAUUGAAGUUGAUUAUAGGAGAAUUGAUUACAGCAUCAUUUAAUGGCUUCCUUUUGGUCCUUCUUGGCAACUUUUAUGCUCUUUAUCACUAUUUUUUCUUCAACUCAAAUACAUGCACAAGUCUCCACAAUAUCAGCUGCCCCUGCAUUCUUGCCUAGUGCUCCUAUUCCCAUAGCUUCAACUCCAACUUUAUCACCAGACAUUACUCCUUUGUUUCCUACUCCUAAAGGUAUGGCUCCUUCUCCAACUGAAUCAUCUCUCCCAACAAUUCCUUCAAGUCCAAGCCCUCCAAAUCCAGACGUUAUGAUAGCACCUGGACCUGAAUUAGCCUUGUCACCAUUUGGAUCUUUGCCAGUUUCCUCCUCAGUUUCAGCAGCGCCAUUAAAGUUAGCCAUUUUUCUUGGUUUUCUACUGUUUUGCUUAAUGCAGCUUACUUGUAUGUGAGGUACUGUUAAUGGGGCAGUUCCAAUUAUUGUCAGUAGUGCGUCCACUUUAUGUUUGUAUAUUUCUUUUAGUGGUAUAUAGUAUUUGCUUUAGUGAUUUUAGUGAAUCAAGUGUGUAUGGCAUUGUUGGGCAUUAUGAUAGGAUAAUGUUUUAAAAAA